UUUACGUGUUUGUGUUGGGUUGUCUCUUCUAUGACUAACGCGAGGAUAAAGCAUCGCAUAGAGGAGAUUGCGAGCGAGAGAGAGAGAGAUGGGCGCUUCUUCAUCGGUUUCCGAGAAAUCCAUCCAUCAAUUCACUGUCAAGGAUAGCUCCGGCAAGGACGUCAACCUGAGCAAUUACCAAGGGAAAGUGCUUCUCGUUGUCAAUGUCGCUUCCAAAUGCGGUUUCACGGAAUCCAAUUAUACACAGCUGACCGAACUCUACCGCAGAUACAAGGACUCAGGGUUUGAGAUAUUGGCGUUUCCCUGCAACCAGUUCUUAAACCAAGAGCCAGGGACUAGUCAGGAGGCUCAUCAAUUUGCUUGUACACGAUUCAAGGCCGAAUACCCCGUUUUCCACAAGGUGCGUGUAAAUGGUGAGAACGCAGCACCUGUCUACAAAUUCCUCAAGGCGAGUAAGCCUGGACUUUUGGGUUCCAGAAUCAAAUGGAAUUUCACCAAGUUCUUGGUCGGCAAAGAUGGCCGUGUGAUUGACCGCUACGGACCCACCACACCGCCAUUAUCGAUCGAGAAAGAUAUCAAGAAAGCCCUGGGGGAGGCUUGACUGUUUUCGGUGAAGUGGCUUGUGUCCUAAGGCAAUCGAUAGAAGAAAUCUUGUAAUGUAGUUUGCAGUUUCCUCCCUCACUGUCGGUUUUGGUUUGUAAAAGAAACCCGUUUCCUGUUCUGUAUUUAAGGGUUCCCACUCACACUCAGACAGAUGGUUUGGACAUUCCACGUGUGCUCUCUGUCUUGCCCCCACAAAAAUUCUGGUAAAAUUCUAGUAUUCUAAUGGUGAAUUUUGGCUGUUUAGUUUUA